CACACGCACAGCAAGCUUCGCCAUCCUCACACACCACCUCGAUAGCUGAUCACCGCUCCUCCAUCCCUAUAUAUAUAUGCGGAAGCUCCGCCUCUCUGUGUAUUGUGAAGUACUGAUCGGAAGUCAAGCUUCUUGUAAAUGGCGCAGCACUUUCUUGUGUUGACUUACCCCGCGCAGGGGCACCUGAAUCCGGCGCUCCACCUUAGCCACCGCCUGGCGCGAAGCACCUCCGCCAGGGUCACCUUCUCCACCUCUAUCUACGGCCACCGCCUCAUGUUCCCGGCAUCCGCCGCCGACGAGAUAGUCGAAGACGGACUCGUCUCCUACCUCCCCUUCUCCGACAGCUACGAUGACGGUUUCGACCCCAACAUCCACUGCCCCUUCGAGUUCCAAGACCGUUUCCGGUCCGCCAGCUCUGCCUCGCUCGCGGCCCUCCUCCGCCGCCUAGACGAGCUCGGCCGCCCCGUCACCUGCGUCAUAUACAACAUGCUUUUUUCGUGGGCCGGCGACGUCGCUCGCGGCCACGGCGUCCGAUCCGCAGUCUACUGGAUCCAGUCCGCCGCCGUCUUCGCCAUCUACUACCACUACUUCCACGGCUAUGAAGGCCUCAUCAAAGCCCACAGCCAUGACCCGAUCUUCGAGGUCAACUUACCGAGCCUUCCCCCUCUAAAGAUCCGGGACCUGCCUUCGUUCUUCGGCAUCACCAGCGACGAGGACCCCUAUUCGGUGUUGCUCAAACUGUUCGAGCAAUUGUUCCAGCUGCUUGACAGGGAAGAAGCUGAUUCGGCGACGACAGUUCUGGUGAACACGUUCGGCGAGCUGGAAACGGAGACGCUGGCGGUGUCGGCAGAGAGGGUAAAGCUGAUACCAGUCGGGCCGAUCGCGCCGCCGUCGCUGCUGGAAGCCGUUAAGGAUGAGCCAGAGUUCGAUGCGCUUGGCGAUCUGUUCAGGCCGGAUGAAAAGAAGUACAUGGAGUGGCUGGACGCGAAACCGAAGCGCUCGGUGGUGUACGUGUCGUUCGGGAGCUUGGCGGCCAUCAAGAAGCGGCAGACGGAGGAGUUCGUGCGGUGGUUGCGGGAGAGCGAACGGGCGAGCCUAUGGGUGGUGAGGAAGGAUCACGAGCAGGCCCAGGGGGAGUUGGAGGCGGCGCUGAGGGAAGCAGAGGCGGAGGGUAUGGUGGUGGAGUGGUGUGCGCAGGGGAGAGUGCUGUCGCAUCCGGCGGUGGGGUGCUUCGUGACGCACUGCGGGUGGAACUCGACGCUGGAGAGCCUCGUGUGCGGCGUCCCCACGGUGGGGGUGCCGCAGUGGACGGACCAGGGGACGAACGCGCGACUGAUGGAGAUGUGGGGCGCCGGAGUCAGGGCGGAGGCAGACGAGGAGGGCGUGGUCGCGGCGGAGGAGCUGAGGAGGUGCGUGGAGAUCGCGAUGGGAGGCGGCGGGGCGGCGGAGAUGAGGAGGAGCGCGGAGAUGUGGAAGGAUAAGGCGCUGGAGGCCGUAGCGGAAGGUGGAUCGUCCGAUCGCAAUCUAAGGGCUUUCGUUGCAGAGGCCUCCCAAUAGUCGGAAGCCGGAUCGUCUGGACCGUAAAAGCGAUCCAGAGGAUGUUAAGUCCUUUUAGAUGUAUAUGGGCCGUAAAAGCGACGAUGUUAAGUCCUUUUUGAUGUAUUAAUGGGGAUGGAUGAUGCCCACCUAAUUGGAGUUACGGUCAAGCAUAGCUUUUAUGCGGUU